CUGUGUCCUGGCUUCUCUGGGGGAGAAAGAGACUAGUAGUAAUUCUAGCAAUUCUGGAUAGCUAUUCCUAUAGACUUAUAUUAUUUUGGUUUUUCUUUUCUUAGUUUUGGUAACGAGCAAAGGAAGCUUUUUCUUUUAUGCAGUGACCAGGUUUUCUGUGGUUGCUUAGGAUUAAUAGCAUCUUGCACAGCUGAAGAAAAAGAUAGUUGGGGAAGAGAAAGGAAGAGGAGACUGAAGAGGAGCAUCAUUUAUACCUUGCUGUAUAUAUGAAAAAGCUUUUGCAGUUUGUGUGAUUUGAGCAUAUUUGUUUCUACAUAGCAAGGUAUUUCUUCUUAUCUUCCUCAGAAGGCUUUUCCUUUUAGUUCUUUUUUGUUGUGCCAGCUGAGUCAUCAUGUCUGCCUUGACGCCUCAAAGCGAUAUGCCAACCCCCACUACAGACAAGAUCACGCAGGCUGCCAUGGAGACCAUCUAUCUUUGCAAAUUCCGAGUGUCUAUGGAUGGAGAAUGGCUCUGCCUGCGCGAGCUGGAUGACAUCUCACUUACCCCCGACCCAGAACCUACCCAUGAAGAUCCUAAUUAUCUCAUGGCUAAUGAACGCAUGAACCUGAUGAAUAUGGCUAAACUGAGUAUAAAGGGAUUGAUUGAAUCAGCACUUAAUCUGGGCAGAACACUGGACUCUGACUAUGCACCUCUUCAGCAGUUCUUCGUAGUGAUGGAACACUGCCUUAAACAUGGCUUGAAAGCCAAGAAGACUUUUCUGGGACAAAAUAAGUCAUUUUGGGGACCUCUGGAGCUGGUAGAGAAGCUUGUUCCUGAAGCUGGAGAGAUCACAGCAAGUGUUAAAGAUCUGCCGGGGCUUAAGACGCCUGCGGGUAGAGGAAGAGCCUGGCUUCGCCUGGCCUUAAUGCAGAAGAAGCUUUCAGAAUACAUGAAAGCUUUGAUUAACAGAAAGGAUCUUCUCAGUGAAUUUUACGAGCCUAAUGCUCUCAUAAUGGAAGAGGAAGGUCACAUAAUUGCUGGCCUCCUAGUAGGGUUGAAUGUCAUUGAUGCAAACUUCUGCAUGAAAGGAGAAGACUUGGAUUCACAGGUUGGAGUUAUUGAUUUUUCAAUGUACUUGAAGGACACCAACAGCAGUAAGGGCAAUGAAGGAGAUGGUCAGAUAACUGCUAUUCUGGACCAGAAAAAUUAUGUAGAAGAACUCAAUAGACACUUAAGUGCCACUGUAAACAAUCUGCAGGCAAAGGUGGAUGCUUUAGAAAAAUCCAACACUAAACUUACUGAAGAGCUUGCAGUUGCAAACAACAGGAUUAUAACACUGCAAGAAGAGAUGGAACGAGUUAAAGAAGAAAGUUCUUACCUCUUGGAAAGUAAUCGUAAGGUAACUAAGCAAGACAGAACUGCAGAUGGACUUGCACUGAGUGAAGCACGGAAACAGUUAAAGGAGGAGACUCAGCUACGGCUGGAUGUAGAAAAAGAACUAGAGGUGCAGAUUGGAAUGAGACAAGAGAUGGAGCUGGCCAUGAAGAUGCUGGAAAAAGACGUUUGUGAGAAGCAGGAUGCACUUGUGGCACUCAGACAGCAACUAGAUGAUCUCAGGGCACUAAAGCAUGAACUCUCUUUCAAGCUGCAGAGUUCAGACCUGGGAGUGAAACAGAGGAGUGAAUUAAACAGCCGUUUGGAGGAGAAGACAAAUCAGAUGGCUGCUACUAUUAAACAGCUUGAACACAGAUUGCGACAGGCAGAGAGAGAACGUCAAUCCGCUGAGGGGGACAACCGGCUCUUCAAGCAGGAAUUUGGUGAAAAGAUCAACAGUCUUCAGAUAGAAGUGGAACAGCUCACCAAGCAGCGGGAUCAACUUGAACAAGAAUUGAAACGGGAAAGAGACAGAUUGUCAUCAAUACACCAGGGUAUCCGAGAAAACAAAAUCACAGUAGCCCAAGGCAAGGGCUGCCAGAAGAUGCAAUUAAAAAUGGAUGGAAAGCAGAAAAUCCAGGAAGAAAAUGCCAGAUUGAGAGAACCUGGAAGAGGGGAAAAUGCUGUUCUUCCAAACAAGAUACAAUCUGUCAUACAAGAAGAGCAGGAACUGCCAUCUGGACCUGGAAAAGCACAGAUAUGCCAGCUGUGCCAAGAGGAAGGCAGUCUCACCAAAACAAAGAACAUUUGCAAGAACUGUGGCGGAAUCUUCUGUGAGGCCUGUUCAGCUAAUGAACUGCCCCUUCCAUCCAGCAUUAACCCAGAGCGUGUUUGCAACACCUGUCACGAACAGCUGAUACAGCAAUAUUCCACAAGCCCAUUGUAGGACUCCGCAUGUCGGACAGUGAUGACCAAUCAAGGCUUGUAGCUUAGGUCUUGGCUCUGAAGCUCUUCAGGCGAGUUUCUAGAGAAGAAUCUCUUUUCCCUCUGCUCUUGCAAGGUCAAAGAGCGGAAGUACGUUAUGUUCACAUUCUCUCUCAACUGUCAAUUUUAAAUGGUGGUCUGAGCCUUCCUUCAGGAGAACACCCCCACUUUCAGGCAUGAGCUGCUGUGCGAGGAACCGUUCAGAAUUUCGUGUCAGAGUAGGCUUAAUGCAUGUACCAUGGCAACUACAAGAAGAGGUAAAAACGCAUGUACAAAGGUUUACUUAAGUGCUUUGUUUGAAGGCAAAAUGGAAUGAAACGGAUGGUAACUGAAACAAAGAAUGAGAAGGAAUUUUUCACCCGCAUGUGUGACUCUGCUUAAAACACCCCUUUCCCUUUUCCCUUCUGUCCCUGGCAGUGCUAAUGAACUGUGAUGCUCCAGUUCAAACAGAAAAAUCCCACAAAAGAACUGGGAAUUGAACAUGUGUGUGGCACAUCGUUACUCAGUUCAAUCCUUUCUUGGGCUCCAGUUUGGUUGUGUGGAGUAACAGGAAAGAUUUAAAAGAUUUGGGGGUUAUUUUUUUGAGGGGUGUGUGAGAGAUGAGAACUGAAUAGCAGCCACUUCACUCAGCACAGUAUGCUUGAAAGUUCUCAUAGCAAAAUACUCAGACAUUAAAUACUUUUUUUUGUAAAAACAAACAUCUUUGAACUUUAUAGUGGAAGUUCUCGUGACAUUUAAAAAGACUAUAAAUCUGUUUUGUCUUGACCUGAUAAUUAGAGGAUGGAUCUUGAUUCCAAAAUAUUUAAAUUUAAAAAUUUAUAUAUAUAUACUGGUCUUUAUUUAAACAGAUUAUUUAGGGGCAUGUUUGUACAUUCUGUCCAGCAUACUGUUCCUACUAAUGUUGUGCACAUUAAUCAGCUGUUUAAGCAGCAAAUGUGUUUAUUAAAAUAGUCAUAAGACUGAUCAUUGUGUAGCCACAAGUGAUGGCUGCUAGCAGGAGGCUCAAAUGUGCUAAUCUGAAAUUCACUUUCAAAUAGGUUUUAUGGUUCAUACAAAGAUAAUCUGACAGAGAAGCCUUAGAUAUGACAUUUUACUGCUACCCCAAAAGACACCACCUUCUUUCUGAAGUACUUGUACCUCUCUGUAAGGGCUUCAGCCUCCCCCCAUGCCAAAAGUGCAAAAUUACAAAUGCUGGUAUGUAUCCAACUCCCAAGAGAGGGGCUUAGAUUAUUUGGCCUACUUUGUAUUGGAAACCUAACUGAACCACCCAGACCACAGAAUGUAUUGUAAUCUUUAGAAAACUGACUUAUGUAUAUUUAUAUGUAUUUGGGAGUGUUGCAUUAAUUUUGUACAAAUCUGUAGGGAAACCUGGUUUAUUUCGCUAAAGGUGAUUAUAUGCAAAUUAACUCUGUUAGAACUACAUUGGAAGUGUGUAGAUGAGUUUAGGCCACUUGAUUGGGCCAGUGAUGAUCAGUAUUAUAAUCUAGUCUGACUCUCCCUCUGCUGACUGCAGGGAACUAGCAGGGCCUCUUUCACAGGAGCCAACAUGAGGGAACAGAGGGGAAAACAUUACAAGAUCAAUUUGAAAUAGUUUCUUCUUCUAAUAUUUCCCCCUUAAAAUAGUAGUUAUCUUCCUGCAAUUGACUAUAGCAACUUCUCAGGAGGAAUUAAAAAAUAAAGUAGCUUUGUGUAUGGAAUCUAAGUGGGAAAUAUGAAAGCACCCAUAUGUUCAACUUUCUAGGAAGAUAGUUUAAUUAGGGGCACUAGUGCAGAGUCAGGGACAGCACUUUGAGUGACUGGAAAAGAUCCUUGACUAAUGGAUCUUUUAUCUGAAGGUGAGGUUGGUGGCUUUUGCAGGGAGGAUAAAUAUUCAAUAUGCAUAUACUGUACAAAUCUACAGGAUUUUACAUCUGCUAGUCAAGUUGGUUUUGUUUUUUCGCUAGUCAGAGUAGAAACUGAAAUGUAAGCCAUUCUGAGAGCAUUUGGAUAUUAUAGUACUUAAUUUUACUGUGUAAAUGCUGACAUGUCCACAUUCCCUUGUGAGUGUGAUUAGCUCUGAGAUGGUAGCUGAUUCCUUGGUUGCCUUUAUACCUUCUUUUGAUCUUCACAAAAAGGAAAAUUGCUGCUACCCUUCUUAAAUACUAAUGCUGCCAUUCUAAAGUCACUUAUAAACAGGUUCUCUAAGUUACUUAAAAUCCACUGUGCUCAACAACUUCAGUUUACUUCAGCCAUGAGGAGUUAGUAAUAUAUUUGUGUACAUCUGAGAUUCAGGAAGAGCAAAAAUUAUAUGUCAGAAUUACAAUGCGAUUUCCAAGAUGGCUCCUACAUCGGUCCUCUGAUGUUAUCCUCAGUAUUAAAGGCUUGUAAAUGCAGUGCUGGCCACAUUACUGUAAACAACGUUGAAUACCACUUCUAAGGGAAAUUCUUCAAGGAUGUUUGCUCUGAUAUUGUUUGUAGGUGUAGCCCUGAAAGCUAAGUGGGAGGGGAAGGUAUUUUCUGGCACUACUGUUCCACACAAUAAAACUGCUUAAAGAAUA